AUGGAGCGCUGGCCUUGGCCGUCGGGCGGCGCCUGGCUGCUCGUGGCCGCCCGGGCGCUGCUGCAGCUGCUGCGCGCGGACCUGCGCCUGGGCCGCCCGCUGCUGGCGGCGCUGGCGCUGUUGGCCGCGCUCGACUGGCUGUGCCAGCGCCUGCUGCCCCCGCCGGCUGCCCUCGCCGUGCUGGCCGCGGCCGGCUGGAUCGCAUUGUCCUGCCUGGCGCGCCCGCCACGCCUGCCCGUGGCCACUCGCGCGGUGCUCAUCACCGGCUGUGACUCUGGUUUUGGCAUGGAGGCGGCCAAGAAGCUAGAUGCCAUGGGCUUCAAGGUGCUGGCCACCGUGUUGGACUUGGAAAGCCCCGGCGCCCUGGAGCUGCGUGCCUGCUGUUCCCCUCACCUAAGGCUGCUGCAGAUGGACCUGACCAAGCCAGGUGACAUCAGCCGCGCCCUGGAGUUCACCAAGGCCCAUACCACCAGCACAGGCUUGUGGGGCCUGGUCAACAACGCAGGCCUCAACGACAUAGUGGCCGACGCGGAGCUGUCCCCGUUGGCCACGUUCCGCAGGUGCAUGGAGGUGAACUUCUUCGGCACCCUGCAGCUCACCAAGGGCCUCUUGCCACUUCUGCGCCGCUCCAGGGGUCGUAUUGUGACCGUGGGCAGCCCGGCAGGAGACAUGCCCUAUCCAUGCCUGGGGGCCUAUGGGACCUCCAAAGCAGCCGUGGUGCUGCUCAUGGACACGUUCAACUGCGAACUGCUGCCCUGGGGGGUCAAGGUCAGCGUCAUCCAGCCUGGCUGCUUCAAGACAGAGUCGGUGAAAAACGUGAGCAACUGGGAGCGGCGCAAACGGCUGCUGCUGAGCAGCCUGUCCCAAGAGCUGCUGCAGGCCUACGGCGAGGACUACAUCGAGCAUGCACACGGGCAGUUCCUGAAUUCGCUGAGCCUGGCACUGCCCGACCUCAACCCGGUGGUAGAUGCCAUCAUUGAUGCCCUGCUGGCAGCUCAGCCGCAAAGCCGCUACUACCCGGGCCGCGGCGUGGGGCUCAUGUACUUCAUCCACCACUACCUGCCCGAGGACCUGCGGCGCCGCUUCCUGCAGACCUUCUUCAUCCGCCCCUGCCUGCCAAGCGCGCUGCGGCCUGGCCAGCCUGACCCUGCCCCCACCGAGGAUGCCGCCCAGGUCCCAAGCCCAAACCCAAACCCAAACCCAAACCCAGGCCCGUCCCCCACAGCGGCCAAUGA